UCGUGUGUGGGGUCAGCAGAUUUAUAGUUUUCUAAAUCUGUACCGGUACAGGUGUUUAAUUAAAAGGUAUUGCAACAACUGCAGUAAAAUGAACUAUAUUUAGUGAUGUAUAUGUAUUUGCUGACUGUCAGAGUCACAUUCUUCUGCUAUGGCUCUCCACAUUGAAGACUCGAGGACUGACUCAUUCACUUUGGUCAGGGCAGACUCGGUAAAUAUUAACUACAGUCGUUAAGUCCUAACAGUGCAGCAUAUUCACAGAGAAGAUAAACGUCCGCCACACCCUGACUGAGCACACUGUUCUAUGAGGCUGCCCACUCCCUGUGCUCUCAGAACGGGUCACGCCAUGAGGACUGUAGAACCUCACUUAGCAGAAUGGCAGCGUACCGGCACCUGUGUCUGUGGACUGUGUGGACGCUCCACACUCUCAUUAUUGCAGGUUUCAACCUGGACACCCAGAAUGUGCUGCAGAGGACUGGAGACCCAGGAAGCCUGUUUGGGUUUUCUGUCGCCUUCCACCAGCAGCUGAGUCCAACCAGAAAGAACCUGUUGCUGGUUGGAGCUCCUCGAUCCAAACUCCAGAACCAGGUGAAUGUGACAGGUGCUGUUUACCAGUGUGACCUGGCUACAACAUCUGGGCGCUGUCGGCCCAUUGAGUUCGACGGUCAAGACUUUCUUGACAGCAGAGGGAUAAACGGCCAGUGGAUGGGAGUCAGAGUGACGAGUCAAGGUCCGGGGCAAAAUGUGAUGUCCUGCGCUCAUCGGUACCAGCAGUGGAGCCCGAGCCCGGGUCCAGGCGUGCCUCGCUUGGUGACGGGUCACUGCUACAUUCUGGGAAACGACCUGAAGGUCGGGAGAGAAGAGAGGAGCUGGAGGCGGGUGGUGUGUGACUCGGAGCAUCUGAGCAGACGUUGGAGGGACCACGACUGGUUCGCAUACUGUCAGCAGGGACGCGGAGCAGCUUUCGCCAAGGACAACGCCUCGCUGCUGUUCGGAGCACCUGGUGCCUAUCAGUGGAAAGGAAUCGUGAGAAUGGAGCUCUUGGACAACGAGGAUCUCACCAGGAUCCUGAGUGAGGACCCUCGUGAGACCGGGGACAUCGACCUGCUCGACUCCACCAUCAUUCCUCUGCAGACAAACAGCUACCUGGGUUUCUCCAUUGACUCGGGCAUGGCCCUGCUCAGGAAGGGGGAGCUGACCAUCGUGUCGGGUGCUCCCAGAGGAGGCUUCAGCGGCCAGGUGGCGUUUCUCAGGCCCGACCCAGCAGCCAAGAGAAGUCUGUCUGUGGAGCUGGUUCUGUCUGGGCCGGGCCUGGCCUCCUCCUUUGGCUACGACGUGGCAGUGGUGGAUUUAAACGGCGAUGGGUGGGAGGACCUGGCCGUGGGGGCGCCGCAGUUCUUCGUCAAAGACGGGUCGGUUGGAGGAGCAGUCUACGUCUUCAUCAACAGCCGCGGGCAGAGGUGGGAGGAGGCUGUUCCCACGCGGCUCGAGGGGUGGAAGGACUCCCUGUUCGGCCUCGCGGUGGAAAGUGUGGGAGACCUCAAUCAGGACGGUUUUGCAGAUCUGGCCGUGGGGGCACCGUACGACGGUUCUGGUCGGGUCUACCUUUACUAUGGCUCCUCUGGGGGCAUCCACAUGAAGCCGGCUCAGGUGCUCUCACCAGGAUCCCAGCAGAUCACCCUGUUUGGAUAUUCUCUGUCAGGAAACCUGGACGUGGACGACAACCAGUACCCGGAUUUGGCCGUCGGUUCACUUUCUGACUCCGUCUCUGUCUACAGAGCUCGGCCUGUGCUCAGCGUCAGCAGCUCUCUGAAGAUCAAACCAAAGGAAAUCGACGUUGCGAAGGAGCAAUGUGACAAACGCACAUGUUACUUCACAGUUCAGGCGUGUUUCACCUACACAGCUCGUCCCACAUCGUUCAGCCCCAAACUCAUGCUCAACUUCACCUUUGAAGCUGAUGCAGAGAAGAGGAGGUCGCGGCUGGCUCCCAGAGUCGACUUCCUGGGCUCCUCCCAAGGAAAGCUGGAGCUGCCGGGACAGGGCAGAGAAGUGUGUACGGACACUCAACUCCGCCUCAUGCGCGAUUUCAAGGACAGGCUGCGGAGCAUCCCCGUCUCUGUCUCCGUGUCUCUGCUGAGCUCCAGUCCCAGCAGCUCAACCUCGGAUCUCCCCAGCGUUACUCCUGUUCUCAACGUCUAUCAGCGGAUGAGCUCCGUGGACAAGAUCAUUCUGAUCAACAAGGGCUGUGGCAGCGACAACGUCUGUCAGAGUAACCUGGAGCUCCAGUACAAGUUCUGCUCCAGAACCACACACGGGGACCAGGAUGUGUUUAAAUCCCCGGUGAGGGAGGACGGAGCUGCCGUCAUCUCUCCCUCUGAGGAGGACGUGGCUUUGGAGAUCAGCGUGACAAACAGGAACGGCGACGAUGCGCAUCAGAGUCACGCCGCGGUCGCGCUUCCGGACGCUCUGCGCUUCGCCUCCGUCGUCUACAGCGCGGAGUCAGACACACACGUGAGCUGCACGGCCAACGACGAGGGGACGCUGGUGGACUGCGAGCUGGGAAACCCGCUGCCGACGGACGCAGAGGUCACCUUUUACGUCGUGCUCUCCACAUCUGGCAUCUCACUGAGCACAAAGCGCGUCGACGUCACCCUGCAGCUUAAAACGACAAGUGAGCAGACUCUACGAGCGGUGCAGGCGUCGGCCAAGGUGGUUUUUGAGCUCCAGCUGCAAAUGCACGGCCUGGCUCAGCCCUCACAAGUGUCCCUCGGUGGAGGCGUGAUCGGUGAAAGUGCCAUCAACUCAGUGGAGGAAAUCGGAGCUCCGCUUAAAUAUGAAUUCAGGAUAACUAAUUUGGGCAGACCACUGGAAUCUUUCGCCAACGUGUCGCUGAGCAUCUUCUGGCCAAAGGAAAACUCUGCAGGAAAAUGGCUCCUGUACUUGACUCAGGUCAAGAGUGAAGGCGUCCAGCAGAGCGUCUGCUCACCAGCACAUGAGAUCAACCCUCUCACGAGUGUAAAGGGCUGGAGCCGACCAAGCGUGAGGAACCGGCGUGAAGCUGAACAUCAGGCCCUCACUGAUGGAUUCACCUUUCAUUCGAACUCCAGGAAACACAAAACAUUGUCGUGCACAGACGGCCUGAGGUGUGUGGAGAUGCGCUGCCCCCUGCUGGGCCUGGACAGCACCGCCGUGGUGGUUCUGCAGUCGCGUCUGUGGAACAGCACCUUCACAGAGGAUUACAGCUCCCUGAACUAUGUUGACAUUGUUGUGGAUGCGACUUUGAGUUUAACUAACUCUCCAGAGAACAUUGGGCUGAAAACAGAGAAGCCCGGAACAAAGGUAAAACUGACUGUGUUUCUUGAGAGAAAGACUAAGUACUUUACGAGAACAGCCUGGUGGAUAAUCGUCCUCACAGUCAUUGCUCUGCUCCUGCUGUUGCUGUUCAUUUGCGUCUUAUUGUGGAAGCGUGGAUGCAUUGACCUUCUUGCUGUAAACAAGAAACCUUCACGUUCUGAGGACACAGAGACCGCUCCACUCAAAGGAUGAAUGGCCUCUUGGUGGGUUGACGCAGGUCUUCAAUGCAGAUGACAGUGUUUCUAAUUAUAAAUCAUUCACUUCUUGCAGCAUUUUUUAUUUUUAUUUUGGCUGCAAAUGUGUUAAGUUAAAAUAUGUCUUGUUUUUUUAUU